CACACACAUACACACACUGCUUCCUCUGUGUCUCUUUCUAAACGUGUCAGUCAACCAGUCAGUCAAUUAUUUGUGUGUGUGUGUGUGUCUGGUGGAGAUGCCUGAAAAAAGCUCAUAACCAUCCUUCAUCUCUAUGACCGACGGACAUAAGAAUCCCAGACGAGAUCAAGGGGAAAAACAGUUUCCCACAGCAGAAAUUUCUCAAUCACUUAAUUUCUUGGUAUCACUACUGUUGCCGUCUAUGAGUUGCGCCGUGGCGGCGGAGCGGCCAUUCCUACAAUCCUGACACACGGAGAAACCCUGUAAGAGCUCCCGGUAGCAGCAGCAGACGCUAUGUCUUCUCCUUCCCUCCCCAUGCCAUCUCUCCCCCCCAGCCCCCUGGCCAUGGAGUAUCUGAAUGACUUUGACCUUCUCAAGUUUGAAGUGAAAUCGGACACUCAUCCUCUUCCUCCUCCAUGCUCGUAUCCCAAAUCUGGCCUACCUCAUGACCCCUCAAGCUCCCCGUACACCAGCAACCCUCCACAUGACUCCAGUUUGAGCUCCAGUCCCUACAACUCGCUGCCACCUUCGCCAACUCUCAGUGAUGCACACCCACCACCCUCAGGCUCUUCUUCCAUCUCUUCAUCAUCCUCCUCCAUCUCCUUUCCCCUGUCCAUAUCCAACAGCUUCACUUCUGGGAUCAGUUCUGGGUCCCAGGGGAACGUGGAGAACAGCCCGGCACAUGAUGGCCCUCAAGGCCCAACUCCUGCCUCUCUUGAGGAUCUGAUCUGGCUUGCGGCGCUGCAGCAGCAGUUUGGAGGUGAGGUGACGGGACCUGCCACUUUGCUAGGAGCUUUGGGAGGAGUGCCAGAGAGAGGGGACAGAGAGAGGGGACCGGUGAAUGGCUUUCUGGGCUGUGAAGAUGCAGUGGAAGCUUUGCUGAACUCAGCUGCCGCAGCUGUCAGCUCGCAGUUCCCAGGUUUUUCUCAAAGCUCAAGCAGCAACCUAGGAGACUCCAGCAGUGACAGUGGAGGAGACAUCUCCUGCACCAAGGCAGCAGAUAUGUGCCAUCGUCCGCUUGUCUUCCUGUCAUCAGCCCCUCCCACACUCCCUAAUGGUGCCCCCGCCUCAGUUCCUUAUCCACAGCCACUCAGCCCCCAGGGCCGCCUUCAUCACCACCAACAUCACCAUCAUCAUCAACAUCACCCCAUGCAUGCCAACCAUCACCAUCAUCACCAAUCACAAGUCAACCAGCCAUGUGGGGUGAAUGAGCGCUUCUCAGAUGAGCAGCUUGUGAGCCUGUCAGUGCGCGAGCUGAACCGACACCUGCGUGGAGUGAGCAAGGACGAGGUGGUACGCCUGAAGCAGAAACGCCGCACGCUCAAGAACCGCGGCUAUGCCCAGUCCUGCCGCUACAAGCGCUUGCAGCACCGUCACGCUCUAGAGUCAGAGAAACAUUUGCUCACACAACAGCUAGAACAGCUACAAUGUGAGCUGACUCGGGUGCUGAGAGAGAGAGACGCCUACAAGGCUCGCUAUGAGAAACUCCUCAGCACAAACCCAGGAGUUGCCAGCGAGGCCCCUCAGACACGUACCAGUAACUCACCAUCACCGCCCCCUGACUACUUCCUCUGAGUUUAAGUGUUUACGAGAGGAACAAUAACACUAAAAAACAAGACGAGCCAAUAUGAAGCAAUAAUUGAUGAGUGAUGGGGGUACAAAGAUACAAAGAUCUGUGUGUGUGCAUGCUUGUGUUUAUGUGUGAGAGAAAUAAUAAAAAGAGGUAUUUUCAGGUAGGUUUUGGGCUUUACAGCUUUGAAAAACACUCUUUGGGUGACUAAAAGAGAAUUAAGUGAUGCUUUUUGACUUGGCCUGGCAAAAGUUUUCAGAUCCCUCAAACUUUUUUACAUUUUGUCACAUUCGAACCAAAAAUUUCAAUAUAUUUUUGGGGUAUUUGUUUUUUGUUCUAGACCAACACAAAAUUGUACAUAAUUGUGAACUGAAAGGAAACAAUACUUUGUAGAAACAACUUUGCUGCAAUUAUAGCUGUGAGUCUUUUUGUCUAGGUCUCUACCUGCUUGAACUGGAUUUUUGAUUAUUUGUUUCUGUUUUUUGUUUUUCAAAAUGGCUCCAGCUCUGUCAGAUUCGAUGAAGAACAGCAAUUUUCUAAUUAUGCUACAGAUGUUUCUUUAUUAAAUUUAUGACUGGGCCAUUCUAACAACCAAAUAUAAUUUGAUCCAAACUAGUCCAUUAUAGCUCUGGCUAAGGCCCAGUCUCAAGGCUUUUGCAGCCUCCAAUAGGUUUUCUUGUAGGAUUGCCCAGCAUUUAGCUCCAUCCACCUUCCCACAAGCUCUCACCAACCACUGUAGAAGAAAAAGCACAACGCUAUCACUACCAGGAUUUGUGGCAGGGAUGCUACGCUUAGAGGGAUCAUUUUCCUUCCAUUUCACAGCUUUUGAAUUUUGCUCAUUUGUGUUGGUCCAUCACAAAACAUCUGUAAAAUGCAUUAAAGUAUGUAGCUGUUAAGUUACAGAAUGUAAAAAAAAAAAAAAAAGAUGUAAUAUUAAUAUUUUUGCAAGGCAAUGAAUAUACACUUUUCUGUAAAUGCACAAAAAACACCUGAGAGCUCUCCUGCCUGUGAUAUCGGUGCAACAACGUACAAAGAAGACUGUGAAAAUGGAUUGAAAAAGCUUUAUAAUCCCUUACACUGCUGAGCUGGGUAUCUAUGCAAUAAUAUAGCUGCUAUGUAUUUUCCAUAUGUCCAAAUGAGUAAUCAAGACUCACUGUAGCAUUUCUCUUUUUUUCUUUUUUUUUUACAAUAAGCUGCUAAAGCUGCAGAGGUCUGAGUAGUGCAGUGAUAUGUGGAGUGAUAUGGGAUUGGCUCAAGUUUCCAUGACAUGCAGUUGACAAUUUGCCAGCUAAUAUUUCACAGUUGCCUACCAACAUUUUUAUGCUCACCAAUACUUGUUAUUCUUUGUAAAAACCAAAAAAAAAAAAAAAGAAUCAUAGAAUAAAGAAUGUGCAAGGAUACCUUUCACAGGAGUCUAUCUGUGAUUAGGAAGGAAUCUACUUUUGUUACUAGGUGAACAUAGUGGCUUUCAGCCAAAAACAGUAAGUGUAGACUUGCUGUUUGCUACCAACAAUCAGUUUUUCCUGCUAAUGCAAAGAUGUAGGGUUUUGUAAAUAUUUCUAAGUGGGAAAAGAGAGAAGCAAUCUGUAACAGCGGGAAAACAAAAAGUUUGGUAUGACUAUUUGUGUGUUUUUUUUCCAUCUCUCCAAAGAGAAGAAGGUGUUAAGGUGGAGACCUUCCAGAUCCCCAUAUCCAAAGCAAAACAUGACACCACAGAGUUGGUCACUGUGGACUCAGACACUGUGAAAUACCAAGGAUUAAUUAACAAUGCAGGGAUAAAAACAAUGAAACAAACACAAAUAUUUUUUUGAGAUAUUUUCUGAGCUGUCUCUGAGAGUUAUACUGCCAGGUUUCAUGCAUUAGACGCUAUUUAUUUUGUGUGAGUGUAGGUAAAAAAAAAAUCAAUUGUUCUUUUAUUUAUUCACUUAUUUAUUCAGUAUUUAAUGUUUAUUUAUGUACUUUCAAUUAUUUCACUGGUUUCAUUCCAUUAGUGUGUAUUUUUACUUUCCUACAGGUUACUAUUUUAUUCUGUUGUGAUUAGAAUUAACAUUAUUACAAAAGUGAUGGCCAUUACCAUGGUUUCCUGCUCCCAUUGUAGUGUGGUUUCAUAUGCGUAUGAAUUAAACAAAGUUGUUAAAAAAAA